CGAUGCUCGCAGGCCCGGCUGAAUGAGAUUGAAGAAGAGUUCUUGUUUUGUAUGGCAGUUUCUCUGCUUUUCACAUAAUUUUGUACAAAAAAAGCGAUCCAACUCGUCAGAUAAGGAAUGUAUUAUCACACGCUAUGAAGCCUGAAUCUUAUCGAAGGGAAUAAAGUGAGCCACGGGACAGGAUCCGGUGGUGAAUAUUUAUUUAUAUCAUUAGCGUGUGUGAGGAGGACGAGGGGCUGCUGACUGCCUGCUGCCUGCUGGAGCAGUGAGAGGACCGACCAGGGCUCCCCCACACUGCCAGUUGGAUGGUGUUCAAGACAGCAGUCGCUGUGAAGGCUGAGGGAGGUGUGGAAUUUGGGCAGAAGGGCUUGAUGAUGGAGCUCCAGAGUCUACAGGAGGCUCUCAAAGUGGAGAUACAGAUUCAUCAGAAGCUAGUCGCACAGAUGAAGCAAGAUCCACAGAAUGCUGAGCUGAAGCUACAGCUGCAUGACCUUCAGGCCAAGAUCACAGUGCUGAGCGAGCGACAGAAAAAGGUGGUGGAGCAGUUGAGGAGAGACUUGCUGGUGAAGCAGGAUUCGGCGGAGAUCAGGCUGCAGACACACACACAGCUCCCUCUGCAGGCCGACGGCAAAACUACCACAUUGAUCUCCAACCAGAACCAGAGCUCUCUCCCUCCGACUCACCUCAACGCCCCACAAAACUCCGUGAGCGUGACUCCAGUCAUUGCCUCUAAGACUCUACCUCUGAUGCUGAGAGCUGCCACACCGACCACUCCCAUUGCCAUGAUGCCUACGCCCACCAUCGCCAUGGUCACCACCCUCACCAAUACGCCCCGCCCGAGCCUUCCGAACUCAGACCCCCAGAAUUCACCAGUCGGUCUCCAAACGGCCAGCAAGCCGGCCAAUCAGGGAACGGAGCCUGUGCGGAUCGUUCCCAAAAACACCAUCGUUGUAAUGCCCAAAACAUCUGUGGCUCCAGCAGCACUGCAGCCAAUCCUGGCCUCAUCUCAGCAGCCUGUGCUCCUUACUGCCAAGCUCAGCUCUGCUCUGCUGCCCUCAACAGGCCCAGUUCACCAACUUCACAUUUUUAAUCCCCAACCUGGCACUGCCAAUGCCCCUCCUGGAAGUGCUAAUGCCACCCAGUCGUGCCCUGGCAGUGCCCAGGCAGGCUUUAACAUAAUCCAGCCUUGCCCCGGCAUCACCAUGACGCUCAGCACCAACAUCAGUCAGUUCAGUACUAGCAGCACAAAGCACAGCACGCAGCUUCCCAGUAUUCUCAUCUCGCCCCAGCCCAGCAAACCCCACGCUGCAUUGUCUGCUCAAGCUAACACCGACUCUGCAAACGCAGGCACACCUCACACGUCUCGGGGCAGCGAGUCCUGCCCCAAUACCCCUACUCCUGACACAGUGGACAGAGUGGAGCCAAAGACAUCAACCAGCAGCCCAGCACCUUGUCCAUUUCCACUGAAAUCACCUGUUCCUCCAUCUCCAACCUCCAACACACACAUCCACUCAAACCCUAACACACCUGCAACUGUACACACCCCCACACCCAAAAGUCAGGAUAACCCACUGAAACUGGCCUUCAUGCUGUCUCUGGGGCUCGUAACACACGACUAUCUGGAGGAGAUUCAGAGCAAACGUCAAGAGAGAAAGAGACGAACAACAGCAAAUCCAGUGUACAGUGGAGCAGUGUUUGAGCCAGAGCGUAAGAAAAGCACAGUGUCUUACCUGAAUUCUGCUAAUCAAGAGUACAGUAAGAGAGCCGACGAGGACGGCUCAUCGGAGGUAUGUCGUACCAGUGUUUCCUUUUAUUUGUCUUUUCAUUUUAUUUUUUUUCCCCUUUUGUUGUCUAUCUCAUCUCACCCAGGUCGCCCACCCAAACCCAGCCGCGGGGUGGAGAGGGGCAUCAGCCCUUUGACCCCCACCAGCCUACACCCAGCGUGUGUGGGUCCUCACUUCCCCGUCUUUCCACAAUCCCUCUCAUCACAUCCAUCCCCAUCCAGCCCUCGUCUCAGCCUGAGCUCAGUGGGGGAUGGAGACAUCCAUGAUGCUUUCUGUACGGUGUGUAGGCUCAGUGGGCAGUUACUCAUGUGUGACGCCUGCUCACGCAUCUAUCACCCGGACUGCCUGACGCCGACCCUCCACAAUGUGCCACGGGGCAUGUGGAUUUGCAAAAAGCAGAUUUUAAAGAAGGAUGAAGUGAUCGAGUGGCCUGGAACUCUUGCUAUAGUCCAUUCCUACAUUUCAUACAAAGCAGAAAGAGAACAGGAGAAGCAAAGGUUGGAGAAGUGGAGCUCUGAACUGCAGCAGGAGAGAGAGGAGCUCGAGCUUAAAGCUAAACAGCUCAGUGACUCCAUCACGAUAUGCACAGAGAGCAGAAACGGAGUUCUGGCCCGACAGAGGGAAAUGGAGGCCUCGAUAGAGAAAGUGAAAGAUCUAGUGCGUCUUAUUAGGGGCAUCCAACUGCCCUCUCUGCCCCAGUUCUUGGCCAUGGGCAUCACCAACGGAAAUCCAGGCACUGUUUUCAUCCAACAACCCAACAGCGCUCCCAGCUCAGAGGAAAACCAACAUCCAAACCAAAAGAACAGCACAAGCUUCGGUAGUCUCUCUGACGUAGGCAACACCUUUACAGAUCUCAGAGAUACCUCAAACCUACUCAACACUCCCACAAACACCAACAGCAGCGUCUCAGUCGCUGAGAAAAGCGAGGACACCAGUGAAACGAAGAACAUUAGCCGACACGAUUCUGUUACAAACACCUCUCCAACUCUCAGCAAUACACACAGCCAGAACACCAUGUGUGCCAGCUCAAACGGGACUCUGGAGCCAGAGGAUGGACUCGAGGAAAGUAAAAACCAAAAUAUCACCAGUGAUAAAGGCUGCAUGGGAGACAUAAAUAAAAACAGCAUCAGGGACCUCAGAGGAAGUGCAGAGCCUCCGUUGCCUACAGUAAUGCCCAUGGCAGAGGUAGUACAAGGUAUAGAAUAGUAUCGACAUUAAAGUGUGCAUCCCGUUCUGCCCCAUUACACCCCAUACAACCCACGAUCUAAAAGUGUCCUAAGUUGAUGCCAUUUGAUGUUUCUGUUCCUGUGUUGUCUUGUCUGUAAGAAUCCACAGUGCCAUUUGGGAUGAGCAGGAUUAAAAGUUCUAAAGUACCAGCACCUGAAAAAUUUAACACAAAUAAUAAUAAUAAUAAUAAUAAUAAUAAUAAUAAUAAUCAAUAAUAAUAUAAAGAAAUAAAUGAAGAGUUAUCAGAGUUUAAGAUAUCACACCGACGUGUGCCUGCUAUAGUAGCCAUUGCACCUCUUGGUUGGAAAGCGUCCAGAACAACUGAGCAAAGGCUUUUUCCAUCCAUUAAACCAUUAAUUUUAGGACAUAUAAGUAGGCAUGUGCCGAUAAUAUACAAUAGUUACGUAUAUAGAGAGAGAUUAAAAACUCAUUGCACAGUCUUGUUAUUGUAGCCAAUAUUAUUAUUUUUUUUUGCUUAUAGUAACUCAACACAAAAACUAACCUUAUGUAUAAUUCUAGUUUUGCUUUUAGCAUGUUCAUUAAUUUAUUCAUUCAUUAUCAGUAUGACUUUAUCCUGGUCAGAGUCCCAGUUUAUCUGGAGCACGCAGGAACACUGGGCAUGAGGCGGGAAGACACCCUGCGUGGGAUGUCAGUCCAUCACGGGGCUUUUGUUUUUUUUAGCAACUGGAUUGUAAAAUAAAUGCACAAGAAUAUAGAAGUCAUGAAUAUGAGGUUGCCAAAGCCUCUCGCUGCUGUUUGCAGUUAAACGGAGGUAAGGAUGUAGUAUGUAUUCAUGUGAUCUUGUGAUUACAUCAUGAACCAAGUUCAAGCUGAAACGUCACAGUGUGAAAUCUGUAUAUCGGUACAUGUCUACUUUUGGUCCUAAUGCUGUUAAAAGGCGUAAUAAGGCUGUUAGAGUGAAAGAAUCAGUCCAGUACAGGUGUAGGGCUUUUCUCUCUUCUGGGCUCCAAAGCAGAACUGCUAAGUGAAAGACAUGAAUACUAAUUUACAAGCAGGUCUUCCAGGUGUUCAACAAGCUACACACCUAUUAGAUGUAUUUGUUCUAUUUAUAACGUCCACGUGCAGCAAUUCUGUAAGUAUAUUUUUAACUUCUUGUCUUUUCAAAUCAAUUACUCAGCUCUGUUUUGCCAAAUAUUGUUUGCCACAGGGACAUGUAUUUUUACUUUAUGGCGAUUAAAUAGAUGUUUGAAUAAUAGCGUUGUAUUUGCGUAGCAUCAGUAUUGAGGACUCUUAAUAAAAAGUCAGACACAGCCUUUACUAGUGAUCAGAAUGCCGUGUGUUUGAGUGUUAAGGCGGUUAGUGAGUUUGGUGUCGGAUCUCGAACACAACCUUUACCACAGAGGAGUACAAGCAUAACGUUCCACGUUCUGAACACGACACUCUAACAAAUCAAUCAGUUAGUUAGUAGAACGAGUCUGAACCCCAAUUUUACAGUGAGCUCGUGGUUAUUUUCCCUCUGUAGCGUGCCACAGGGCCGCCAGCAUGCGGACACAGAGUCACGGUUUGUUAGUGAAGGGUUCCGUAGCACUCUGAUGUGUCCCUUGUGGGUUUAUUUGGCCCUGUGGUACUUUACUGUCGGUUUAUGCACAUUUUAUCAAGGGAAAUGUUUUAUUUGUGAAAUGAUGCUUAUGUAGCAUUAUACAAGGGCUUUCUAUUUUGUAUUGUUUUAUUAGCUGAAGUGUUAGCCUUCCACAUGGCAGCACUGUUAACACGACUCGGAACAAAAGCACAGGAGCGCCAGGUUUAGCUUAGAACCCAACAGCACAGGAAGGUAAACGAACCCAACACCGAAGCUCGGCUCAUCUGCCGUCGUAUCCUGUUCAAGAGCGAGCGAUCAAAGACAUGCUGCAUUUGUACCAUAUCUCUGAAAGUCUACAGAUGCGAGUGUCAGACCAUUACAAAUACAAGACUUGCGUGUUUUAUACAAGGCUACGGCGACUUUUAUGAAACUUUAUGUCGAUAACGAAGCACAACAGAUCUCGCAGAGAUGCAAAUUACAAAUAUUAAUGUGAUGCAGGUCUGUGUAAAUAUAAAUAAUAGUACUGGUUGUGUCCUCGUAUCAGCUUUGUGUGUGUGAGUGUGUGUGUUUCACUACUCAGGCAAUCAGCCCGUCUGGCCUGCAGUAGAGUUUUAAAGCGGUUGCCUUAACAUGCUCUGGUUUCUUGGUUAUUCGAUGUCCCAGUUGGAGGAACGUGCGUGUCAGUGUGAUUUGGCAAAAUGGCGUGUUUUCCUGUCCAGGAGUCAUUACUGCUUUUUUGUUGCACUAUCAUCAGAUUUUAGUUGUGUAUAUUCUGCUUAUUUUUCGGCCAGUGCCUGAUUUGAGUUUUGUUUACAAGACCUGUCGUUUUAUUUAUGAUGAUUUUGCACUUUCAGUUUUUUUUUUUGUUUGUUUUGUUUUUGUUUGUUUUUUUUUCCCUCUCUCUCUCUCUUUCUCUCUCUCUCUUUUAUUUCUGGAGCGCUUUUGCGUCCGUUUCACGGUUUAGUCGAAUCGAUUGAAAGCAGCUAAGCUUCAUUUCAGACCUGCUACAUGAUACUGUUCAGCAGUGAGCCACUUGAUCUUAAUUUUCUAAAGCCCUGUGUGAGACGGAACAUUUUCUAGAUGAAUAAAUGAUUGUUUGCUGUUUAUACAGACGUAUGUGAAUCUGCCACAAUUUGACUGGGACCUAAUGGACAAAAAAAACUGGUGGGCAGCUUGAAGCCCAGUAAAAAUUAAAGGGGAAAUCGGGGGAAAUACAAAACUCUUGUUGAAUCUCACUCCAGCUGUUUGAUCUCAGUUGUGAACUUUGAUGUUCUUUAUAAUACAGAGAAUUGUUAUUUUAUUUAAUUACUUUUUUUUUUUUUUGCUAUGAUGAUGAAAUGUCUGAUAUAAUAAAAGUGUGUUUAAGGGGAUGUUAAGGGAUUGCCCAUUAAAUUGGAUAUUUGCAAAUGCCAUCUUCAGCCCUUGUCGGGUCUGUAAUGUCAGGGUUCAAUAAGACUGACCAUUUGUGUUUGGAUGUUUAAAGCCGUAGUGUCCGAAAAGUGUGGAAAGUCUCUGCAUAUACAUAACCUACACUAGAGAAUAAGUGUUUGUGUCAUUUUAUUGGUCCUUAAAGUGGUUAAAAAAGAUAUAUAUAUAUUUUUGUUUUGUUUUUUGUUUUUUUUUCUUGAAACGUGAAACUACUGGAAAGUCCAACACAGAGGCAGUGCGUUACAGUCGACCGGGCAGAGUGUUGAGGUCUCGCCGUUCACGUUUUCACUCAACACACACUUGCACGCCUUCCUUUUACCAUUACCUCAUUAAAGGGCCUCUCACCUGUACGCAUUCAGGAAGGCAAUCAGAUAAGGAGUAUUGCACAAACACAACAAAUUCACAGUGGUACACCCCUCGUGCCAAACUAAUUCUGAAGUGUUCAGUAUGCGAUUUACAUAGUUCUCUUGGAAAGAAGUGUUGAAUAUUUUUUCAUAAUGGUUUUAAAGUAUGAUGUGAUGAAUUACUUUUUUACAGUUUGUAUGUUAUCUGGUCUUUGUUGGUCUUUGUUGUUUGGUGCUGCCUGAUGUUGGUCUGUUCGUUUCAUUCAUAGACUUCAUCGUUUUCUUCGUGUAAGUUAUUUAAUGCACAUUUACACAUCUUUCUUCAUGUUGAAGGGGAUGGGCAUUUUAGGAGCAUUUGAUCAAUUUGUAUUUAUUAAUUUUUACCAUUUUUGCUAAUUAAAACCAUAAAGUCAA